AUUGACAGGUUUGUGAAGGGAUCAUCACCAGCAGCCACGGCAACAGCGAUGCCCUCUGAUCAGUACACUGCUGUUGCCAUGGAGACGAACAACAACAUGACCUCCAUGGUGGAGGUGAGCCCACCACCGCCUGAAAGCUUGUCAGAAAAUGACAGUGGCGUGGAGUUGACGAAUGAGAGCAGCCCACUGGCAGCGGCCGAGCCACCAUCACCUUUCAGCCCUAAACAGAAUGGGGAUGCCGCGUCACCUCGAGAUGGUAACUUGUGUCUGGAAGAAAGGGCCAGGACCAGGAAGCGGCCCGGGGGCCAGGACAAGGCCUGGGACCCGUAUAGUAAAGACAAGUCUCAGCUGGCUUUAAGGCCACGGCCGCGCACCCGAACCAUUUUCCAGGCCAAUCUGAAGCCUCACGCAAAACCUCGCAGACAGACACGCAAACAUCAGCCUGCUGCUACCAUGUAUGGCGGAACUUCUCUGGCGGUCUCGUCCAACGGAGUUCCUGAGGCUCCUUGUCUGGAGCUGCUCGAGCACGAUUCCAAAGACUCGGCCCAAAGCAGUGGCACCAUUGUGUCCAGUUGCGAUGCCCAUGUCGAAUACAACGACAAAAAGGGCUUCAGCGUGGGUGAGCUGGUGUGGGGAAAGAUCAAGGGCUUUUCCUGGUGGCCUGGCAUGGUUGUGACCUGGCGGGCUACCGGGAAACGGCAGGCAAGCCAUGGCAUGAGGUGGCUGCAGUGGUUCGGGGACGGGAAGUUCUCGGAGGUAUCUGCUGACAAAAUGGAUUCCAUCACGGCAUUUGCGAAGUUUUUCAGUCAGGCGUCAUACACCAAACUGGCGUCGUACCGCAGGGCCAUCUUCCAAGUUCUGGAGAUGGCCAGCAUCCGGGCAGAAAAGGAGUUCCCUCCCUGUGAGUCCGACAACCCCGAUGAGCAAGUAAAGCCCAUGCUGGACUGGGCACAAGGAGGCUUCCUGCCCAAAGGCCAAGAGGGACUCAAACCCAAAGGUGGCACCGACGGUGCCUUGCUUGAACUGCAAGCCCUAGAAGUGUCGCUGCCUGAAUAUCCACCAAGUGCCAAGCAGCCCAGAUUAAGUCUAAGCAAGAAUAAGGUUGGCCCUGAGGAAUCAUACAGCAGAGAACAAAUGGUCAAUGAAGUCCUGAAGAAUAACAGAAGUAUAGAAGAGUUCUGUCUCUCAUGUGGCAAGAUGGGGGCAGCAACUUUCCACCCACUUUUUGAAGGAGGCCUGUGCCAGACCUGCAAGGACGUGUAUUUGGAGACAUCCUACAUGUAUGACGAUGACGGCUACCAGUCCUACUGCACAGUCUGCUGCGGCGGCCGUGAGGUUCUGCUGUGCGGAAACGCCAACUGCUGCAGGUGUUUCUGUGUGGACUGUCUGGACAUCCUUGUGUGCCGUGGAGCAUCAAACAAUGCACGCUUCCUGGACCCUUGGCGCUGCUACAUGUGCCAGCCACUGCUUACAAACGGUGCCCUGAAGCGCCGUCAUGAUUGGAGUGUCAAACUGCAGGAGUUCUUUGCCAAUGACAAUGGACAGGAGUUUGAAACACCAAAGAUUUACCCGGCAAUCCCAGCAGAGCAAAGGCAACCAGUCCGAGUCCUCUCACUGUUCGACGGCAUCGCCACGGGCUACCUAGUCCUAAGAGAACUGGGUUUUAAGGUGGAUCAGUAUGUGGCGUCUGAGGUGUGUGAGGAUUCCAUCUCUGUUGGCGUGGUCCGACAUGAAGGAAAGAUCCAAUAUGUCCAUGAUGUGCGCAACAUUACCAGGAAAAAUAUUCAGGAAUGGGGUCCAUUUGAUCUAGUGAUUGGAGGAAGUCCAUGCAAUGACCUGUCCAUUGUCAACCCAGCCAGGAAGGGACUCUUUGAGGGCACAGGAAGGUUGUUCUUCGAAUUUUACCGUCUACUCAGCGAGGCAAAGCCAAAAGAAGGAGAGAAUCGUCCAUUUUUCUGGAUGUUCGAGAAUGUUGUCGCCAUGGGUGUAAACGACAAGAGGGACAUCUCACGAUAUCUGGAGUGUAACCCUGUGAUGAUUGAUGCCAUCGAAGUCUCUGCAGCCCACCGGGCUCGAUACUUUUGGGGAAACCUGCCGGGUAUGAACAGACCUCUAUGUGCUUCCGGGAUGGACAAGCUUGAACUGCAAGACUGUCUAGAACAUGGACGAGUUGCAAAGUUCGGGAAGGUGCGCACCAUCACUACUCGUUCCAACUCCAUCAAACAGGGGAAAGACCAGCACUUCCCGGUUUUGAUGAAUGGAAAGGAAGACAUUUUAUGGUGCACUGAGCUUGAGAGGAUCUUCGGCUUCCCAGUCCACUACACAGACGUGUCUAACAUGGGAAGAGGUGCUCGGCAGAGACUUCUAGGCCGGUCCUGGAGCGUUCCUGUCAUAAGACAUCUUUUUGCACCUCUCAAAGACUUCUUUGCCUGCGAUUAG